UGUCUUUAUUUUUAAUAACUGCACACAUGUACAUACAUGUUCUUUAACUGAGUAAACAUUAUUAAUAAUGGUUUGUAUCUGGAUGCGUUAGUCUGAGCGCACUUUGACGUUUCUCGUGCUAUCGUAGCUUAGCUUGUUAGCUGCGAGCAAACCGAGGUGGAAAUGAUUCAACGUCGCUAAGCAGAGAUCAAGUUUAAGUGUCAAGUGUUGGGAUUGUGUGAAAAUGUGCGAAAAAACGACAGCAGAAUACGAGGAGGAACUUUCUCCAACAAAAGAGGAGAAGGAGCGACAACAUCAACUACUGGACGCUGGUUUUGAAACGCAUCAAGUUGUGUUACACAGAACAGACGUUCAGCAGCCCCCCCACAUUAAAGAGGAAGAAGAGGAGCUUCGGAUCACUCAGGAGGAAGAGUGUCUUCUUGGACAGGAGGAGGCUGAUCUCACCAAGUUUCCACUGACUGUUGUCUCGGUGAAGACCGAAGAGCAUGAAGAGAAACCACCUGAGUGCUCCCAGCUUCAUCACGGUCCAAGACUCAGUGGAGAACAUGUUCUCCCGAAGGAGCCGCGGACCCGCCACAUUAAAAAAGAAGCAGAGCCGCAACUUCUUCACAUUAAGGAGGAACAUGAGCCACAGUCCACCCACAUUAAAGAUGAAAAGGAGGAGCCGCAGCCCCUUCACACUGAGGAGGAAGAACACGGCAUCCGGGAGAAGUUCCCAUUGAUUACUGAUCCUGUUAAGAAUGAAGAUGGUGAGGUCAAAGGUGAGAGAGAGGUGGAGCCUCCAAGCAGCAGCUCAACUCAUCACAUGUCAACAGAAGCUGAUGGAGGAUCACAAGCAGACACACUUUUAGCUCCAUUGUCAGAUAGUGAGGACAUGUCCCACUCUCCUGACACUGAUGAUGAAGACUCUGAAACUGAUAAGACCGACAACACAAGCUUGAAAUGCUCUCACUGCGACAAAACCUUUAAAUACCAAUUCUAUCUGAAAACACACAUGAGAAUGCACACCGGAGAAAAACCCUUUUCAUGCUCAAUCUGCGGUUUAGGUUUUACACAGAGCGGAAGUUUGACCGUACACACCAGAACGCACACGGGAGAGAAACCUUUCUCUUGUUCAGUCUGCGGUAAAGGUUUUGUGACGAGUCAAAAUCUGAAUGUGCAUGUGAGGACGCACACGGGAGAGAAACCUUUUUCUUGUUCAAUCUGCGGCAAAGGGUUUGUAACAAGUCAGAGUUUGAAUAUACACACAAGAACUCACACCAAAGAAAAACCCUUUCCUUGUUCAAUCUGUGGUAAGGGUUUUGUCACGAGUCAAAAUUUAAAAUUACACAUGAAAAUGCACACUGGCGAAAAACAUUUUAUCUGUUUAAAGUGCGGCAAAGGUUUUACACAAAGUCAGUGUUUAAAAAGACACACAAGGUUGCACGCCGAAGAAAAACCUUUUUCUUGUUCAAUCUGCGGUAAAAGUGUGAAAAAUUUGAAAAUACACAUGAGAAUACACACCGGUGAAAAAACAUAUUCCUGCUCGAGCUGCAACAGAAGCUUUUAUGACCGAUCGGAACUUGUAAGACACAUGAGAAGGCACACAGGUGAGAAAGUGUUGAGUUGCAGUGUGUGUGACCAAAGAUUCUCUUAUAAGUACCAGUUGAAGAAACACAAAUGUGCAACAGCAAAUUAAGUUAAAGGAUUUGAAUUCAACUUGCAAGACUUUGAGAACUUAGUCUAUGACAGGGGUCACCAACGCGGUGCCCGUAAGGACCAGAUGAGUCGCCCGCUGGCCUGUUCUAAAAAUAGCUCAAAUAGCAGCACUUACCAGUGAGCUGCCUCUAUUUUUAUUUUCAUUUUAUUUAUUUACUAGCAAGCUGGUCUCGCUUUGCUCGACAUUUUUCAUUCUAAGAGAGACAAAACUCAAAUAGAAUUUAAAAAUCCAAGAAAGUAUUUUAAAGACUUGGUUUUCUCUUGUUUGAAUAAAUUAAUUUUUUUUUUUUAACUUUGCUUCUUAUAACUUUCAGAAAGACAAUUUUAGAGAAAAAACUACAACCUUAAAAAUGAUUUUAGGAUUUUUAAACACAUAUACCUUUUUACCUUUUAAAUUCCUCCCUCUUCUUUCCUGACAAUUUAAAUCAACGUUGAAAUUUUUAUUUAUUUAUUUAUUGUAAAGAAUAAUAAAUAAAGUUUAAUUUAAUUCUUCAUUUUAGCUUCUGUUUUUUUGACGAAGAAUAUUUAUGAAUUACUUCUUCAAACUUACUAUGGUUAAAAUCCCCCCAAAAUAUUCUGGCAAAUCUAGAAAAUCUGUAGAAUCAAAUUUAAAUCUUAUUUUUAAUUUCUUUUAAAUUUUUUGUUCUGGAAAAUCUAGAAGAAAUAAUGAUUAGUCUUUGUUAGAAAUAUAGCUUGGUCCAAUUUGUUAUAUAUUCUAACAAAGUGCAGAUUAGAUUUUAACCUAUUUAAAACAUGUCAUCAAAAUGUUUAAAAUAAUCUUAAUCAGGAAAAAUUAAUAAUGACGUUCCAUAAAUUCUUUUUUUUUUUUUUUUAAAGAUUUGAAUUAGCUAGUUUUCCUCCUUUUUUCGGUUGAAUUUUGAAUUUUAAAGAGUCGAAAUUGAAGAUAAACUGUUUCAAAAUGUUAUUUUAUUUUUUUCCCCCUGUUUUCUCCUCUUUUAAACCAUUCAAUUAAGUGUUUUUUCAUAAUUUAUUCUCUACAAAAGACCUUCCGUAAAAGGAAAAAAAAAUGUACGAUGGAAUGACAGACAGAAAUACCCAUUUUUGUAUAUAUAUAUAUAUAUAUAUAUGUAUAUAUAUAUACAUAUAGAUGUAUUUAUCAAAGGUAAAUUGAGCUAAUUGGCUACUUCUGGCAAUUUAUUUAAGUGUGUAUCAAACUGGUAGCCCUUGGCAUUAAUCAGUACCCAAGAAGUAGCUCUUGGUUUCAAAAAGGUUGGUGACCCCUGGUCUAUGACCAGUUGACAAAGUUUUAAUGUUUUUGACAAGAUCAUUCACAAAAUGCUUUUCAGCAGGUCGUAACUCCCGAUCCUUCCUCCUCUGCUGUUCCCGGCCGCUACCGUUAAAUACAACGGGUGAUUAGAUAAUUCAUACCACCUGGGAGAUCUAAUCACCUGUUCAGCCGUGUUUCGCCGCCAACACUGCCACGCCCAUGUCUGAUCGCGCUCUGUCCUUAGCACCAUGGACCGGGGCAGUGACCUCUUCUCUUGCAGGCAGCGCUGGCCACACCUCCCUCCACAUACCACAUAUAUUGAAGUGAAUUAUGUUUUAUGAUGCUUUUUCACCAGAGAAUAAAAGUGCUUUACAUAGUGAUCUCAUUUAAACCAAUGUGGGGAACACUGGGCGCAAGGGUGAAGUGCCUUGCCCAAGGACACAACAACACAGGCAAAAGCUUUAAAGGGGAACAUUAUCAGCAGACCUAUGUAAGCGUCAAUAUAUACCUUGAUGGUGCAGAAAAAAGACCAUAUAUUUUUUCCAACCGAUUUCCGAACUCUAAAUGGGCGAAUUUUGGCGAAUUAAACGCCUUUCUGUUUAUCGCUCUGGAGGCGAUGACGUCAGAAUGUGACGUCGCCGAGGUAACACACCCACCAUUUUCAUUUUCAACACAUUACAAACACCGGGUCUCAGCUCUGUUAUUUUCCGUUUUUUUGACUAUUUUUUGGAACCUUGGAGACAUCAUGCCUCGUGGGUGUGUUGUCGGAGGGUGUAACAACACUAACAGGGAGGGAUUCAAGUUGCACCACUGGCCCCAAGAUGCCAAAGUGGCAUUGAAUGUGCCAGAGUGUCUCCACAUUUGACCGGCGAUGCUAAGACAGACAUGGCACAGAGAUGUAUGGAUAACCUGCAGAUGCAUUUGCAACGACAAAGUCAACAAAAUCACAAAGGUGAGUUUUGUUGAUGUUGACUUAUGUGCUAAUCAGACAUAUUUGGUCGCGGUGUGACUGCGAGCUAAUCGAUGCUAACAUGCUACGCUAAUCGACGCUAACAUGCUAUUUACCGGCGGUGCUAAAGCAGACAUGGCACAGAGAUGUACGGAUAACCUGCAGAUGCAUUUGCAACGUUAAAGUCAACGAAAUCACAAAGGUGAGUUUUGUUGAUGUUGACUGCCAGCUAAUGGAUGCUAACAUGCUACGCUAAUCGAUGCUAACAUGCUAUUUACCGGCGGUGCUAAAGCAGACAUGGCACAGAGAUGUAUGGAUAACCUGCAGAUGCAUUUGCAACGUUAAAGUCAACGAAAUCACAAAGGUGAGUUUUGUUGAUGUUGACUGCGAGCUAAUGGAUGCUAACAUGCUACGCUAAUCGAUGCUAACAUGCUAUUUACCGGCGGUGCUAAAGCAGACAUGACACAGAGAUGUAUGGAUAACCUGCAGAUGCAUUUGCAACUAUAUUACGUUUCCUUCCACCCGCAUUUAAUGCGAAACAAACACUUACCAAUCGACGGAUUUAAGUGUCACAAGAUGCGAAAGUCCUGAUCGUUUGGUCCGCACAUUUUACCGGCGAUGCUAACGCAGCUAUUCGGCCAUGCUAUGGCUAUGAAUUCGCUCAAUAGCUUCAGUUUCUUCAAUAUUUUCAUACUCCAACCAUCUGUUUCAAUACAUGCGUAAUCUGUUGAAUCGCUUAAGUGGCUGAAAUCCGAGCUUGAAUCCGAGCUAAUGUCGCUAUAUCUUGCUGUGCUAUUCCCAUUGUUUGUUUACAUUGGCAGCACUGUAUGACGUCACAGGGAAAUGGAUAAUGGCAUCGCAAAUAGUGAAAAUCAAGCACUUUAAAGCUUUUUUUAGGGAUAUUCGGAGACCAGUAAAAUUUUGAAAAAAAUUUAAAAAAAAAAACAAGCCACUGGGAACUGAUUUUUAUUGUUUUUAACCCUUUUGAAAUUGUGAUAAUGUUCCCCUUUAAGUCGGACUUGCAGGAACCCUCAAGUUGCUGGCAUGGCCGCUCUACCAGCUGAGCAACAUAACUUGUGAUAUCAUGUCUGCAACACAAUCUUGUUGAUAUGUUUUUACCAUUUAUAGAUCAUGUGAUUGUCGUCAUUUCAAUGCAUGCAUGAAUUAGUAUGCAAUGUUGUGUACUUUUUUUUCUAAAUGUACUUGAGUAAUUUGACUAAAUGGGUGAGUAAACACUACAAAACAUGUUAUAUGCAAUAAACAUUUCAUGUGUAUAUGGAUAUUCAUCAUUCACUUCUAUAUUUAUUCAUACAAGUGUUUGUUAUAGGUUUUCAAAACAAUUAAGUGUUACAUAUUUUUAUAUGUAAUUCUAAAUGAUUGCAUGGAUGAAGUCGUUUAUAACAGUGGUCCCCAACCACCGGGCCGCGAAUAAUU